GCCGACGCAGUGAGUCUCAUCGGAACCCUUUCUCCCGCUCCCGCAGAACCUUUCUGGCGCUGGGCGGUGCGCGAAUUAUGCGUCACUUCCGGCGCGGCGGAGGAGGCGGGAGAGUGAGGGAAAGGCUGGAAGACGAGCCUGCAGGAUGUUUCCUCAGUGAGAGGAAGGCUGUUGCACAAUGGCGGUGUUUGAUACCCCAGAGGAGGCCUUUGGUGUCUUGCGUCCGGUCUGCGUUCAGCUCACCAAGACGCAGACGGUGGAGAACGUGGAGCGUCUGCAGGCCCAGUUACAAGCUGUGAGUGACUCUGCCCUUCAGGAACUUCAGCAGUACAUCCUCUUCCCUUUGCGAUUUACCCUGAAGACCCCAGGCCCCAAAAGAGAGCGCUUGAUCCAGAGCGUGGUGGAGUGCAUCACCUUCGUCCUCUCUUCCACAUGCGUCAAGGAACAAGAGCUCCUCCAGGAGCUCUUCUCGGAGCUCUCUGCCUGCCUGUAUUCACCCAGCUCCCGGAAACCCGCGGCUGUGUCUGAGGAGCUGAAACUGGCUGUGAUCCGGGGCCUCGGCACGUUGAUGCACUCGGCUUAUGGGGACAUCCUUCUGACUUUUUAUCAGCCCUCCAUUCUGCCUCGCUUAGGAUUUGCCGUAUCUUUGCUGUUGGGCCUCGCAGAACAGGAGAAAUCCAAGGAAAUUAAAAUGGCUGCCUUAACAUGUCUGCAGGUUCUGCUCUUUCAAUGUGACUGUCCGGACCAUCCCCGCACCUUGGAUGCGCUCCAGCAGAAGCAGCUGGGGGAUUUGUUUGCCUCCUUUUUACCUGGACUCUCCACUACCCUGACCAGAGUCAUCACAGGAGACUUCAAACAGGGGCACAGCAUCGUCGUGUCUUCCCUCAAGGUCUUUUAUGAGACAGUGAGUUUCAUUAUGGCCGAUGACCAGCUCGAAAGGGUCUCAGAGGUCCAGGCGAAGCCUGCCGUGGAGCACAGGGUAGCGGAGCUGAUGGUUCACAGGGAAGCCAGCUGGGUGAAAAAUACUGGUGACAAGUUGACCAUCCUUAUUAAAAAGAUAACAGAGUGCAUUUCAGUCCACCCACACUGGAAAGUCAGGCUGAAGCUGAUAGACUUUGUCGAGGCCCUUCUCUUAAAGUGCAGUCAGUCACUGAUCGAGUCAGCUGGUCCCCUUCUGAAGGCCCUGGUGAGUCUGAUAAACGAUGAGAGUCCUGACGUCCAAGCCCAGUGCAAUAAAGCCCUGAGGCGUUUCGCAGACGAGAAGGUGGUGGUGGGCAGCAGAGCCUUCGCUGACGUCCUGUCAGAAAAUCUGCACUCCCUGGCCACGUCCCUUCCCCGCCUGAUGAGCUCCCAAGAUGACCAGGGCCGAUUCUCCACUCUCUCCCUGUUACUCGGGUACCUGAAACUCUUGGGCCCCAAAGUGGACUUCGUCCUCAACUCUGUGGCCCACCUCCAGCGCCUUUCCAAAGCACUUAUCCAAGUUCUGGAGUUAGAUGUGGCUGACGUCAAAAUUGUUGAAGAGCGGCGCUGGAACUCCGAACAUCUGAGAGCUUCUCCAGAGGCUCCAGCCGCGAGGCCCUGGGCUCAAAUGCAGAGGAGAUACUUCCGCUUCUUCACCGACGAGAGGGUUUUUCUGCUCUUGAGGCAGGUUUGUCAGCUGCUUGGCUUCUAUGGGAACCUCUACUUACUUGUGGAUCACUUUAUGGAACUGUACCACGAGUCCAUGGUGUACCGGAAGCAGGCCGCCAUGAUCCUCAAUGAGCUGGUCGUGGGAGCUGCUGGGCUGGGGGUGGAGAAUCUCCAUGAAAAACGCACUCCAGCCGACCCGCAGGAGCUGAGGGAGAUCGUGACCUCCAUACUGGAAGUGUACACAAGCCAAGAAAACUGGUAUUUGGUCACUUGCGUGGAAGCUGAAGAAGCGGGAGAGGAGCCGACGAUGAGGUGGACGGGCCUUCAGGCCCUCGCUUCUGGUCCACACACCUGCCCACCUACCUCUUUCCCUGAAUUCUCAAAGCCGAGUCCCACGGUCUGCUCCAUGAACAGCAACAUCUGGCAGAUAUGCAUCCAGUUGGAAGGGAUCGGCCACUUCGCACACGCACUAGGGAAGGACUUCCGUUUGCUCUUGAUGUCAGCCCUGUAUCCAGUACUGGAGAAAGCUGGGGACCAAACCCUGCUCAUCAGUCAGGCGGCCAUCGGCACCAUGACGGACAUCUGCCAGGCUUGUGGCUACGACUCCCUGAAGCACCUGAUCAAUGAGAAUUCCGACUAUUUGGUGAACGGGAUCUCUUUAAACUUGCGUCAUCUCUCUCUGCACCCCCACACCCCGAAGGUCCUGGAAGUCAUGCUGCAGAACUCGGAUGCGAGCCUGCUUCCUUUGGUGGCAGACGUGGUUCAAGAUGUCUUGGCCACCCUGGACCAAUUUUAUGAUAAGAAAGCUGCAACUUUCGUCAGUGUCCUGCACGCCCUGAUGGCAGCGUUAGUUCAGUGGUUCCCAGACGCAGGUCAUCUCGGGCAACUCCAGGAGCAAAGCGUAGGGGAAGAGGGAAGUCCUUUGAGCCAGAGACCAGCAAGUCUUGAGAAAGGCCUUGAGAACCCCACCACAGCCGAAGACAUUGAGCAGUUCAUGCUGAACUACCUCAAGGAAAAGGAUGUGGCAGCUGGGAAUGUCUCAGAUCUUGAUAAUGAAGACGAGGAGCAGUCAGACCCUCCCGAAGCGGAGGGGGAUGGCACGGGUCCCCACGUGGAGCCACCACUGCCUGCGCACAUCCAGCUAGCCACGGGCGCGGGGGAGCGCUGCGUCCACCUGAUGGCAGACGAAAGCCUGAACACCCGCCUGAAGGUCCUGGACGUGCUGGAUCUGUGCGUGGUUGUUCUGCAGUCCCACAAAAACCAGCUGCUUCCCUUGGCUCAUCGGGCCUGGCCCUCGCUCGUACACCGACUCACCAAUGAUAACCCCCUGGCGGUGCUCAGAGCCUUCAAGGUUUUGCGUACCCUGGGAGGCAAGUGUGGCGAUUUUCUAAGGAGCCGGUUCUGCAAAGAUGUCUUGCCAAAGCUGGCUGGCUCUUUAGUCAGCCAGGCUCCCGUCAGUGCCAGAGCUGGACCAGUUUACUCCCACACACUGGCCUUCAAGUUGCAGCUGGCCGUCUUACAGGGCCUGGGCCCCCUCUGUGAGAGACUGGACCUCGGUGAGGGUGACCUGAAUAAAGUGGCGGAUGCCUGCUUGAUUUACCUCAGUGCCAAACAGCCCGUGAAAUUACAAGAGGCGGCCAGGAGCAAUCAAACCCAAACUGGACCUUGCUGACUCUUGAGCUGGAAUUCCAGGUGCCUCGGGAGGAGGCAGGUGGGGAAGGAGGAGGUUGCUGCCAGCCUGAUCACGGUGCCUUUUGUUUGCUCCACUGCAUUCCACUCAGGGUUGAGUCAGAUGACCUCCUUCUGCCGGGCGGGCCAGGCGGGGAGGAAGUACAAGGUUGAUUGCUUCAUGAACGCAUCAUCUGCAAACUUAUUUUGAAGUCAGGGGAGAAAAAUACCUGUGUUGUCCUUGAUCCGGAGCUGAUUUGGCAUCUUGAUUCAGAAAUUAAUAAGCUCUCUAAAUGGGAGAAGAAGCGUGAGACAAUAGGCAACCUGGUCCCUUUGUGAGUCUGAUUGCAGAGCAAAGACAGGGAGAAGGGGGGGCCAGCGAGUAUGAAAGCAGUCAGACCUCCAGGGACUAACGAACGAGGUCCCCUGAGUAAGACACAGGCCCCAGCUCAGCAAAUGGCCGCACAUCCAUCCGGUUGUUUGUCCUUAAUUCUCCUCUUUCCUUCACACGCCGCAUCCGUUCCAGAAGUGAGGCCUGUCUAUCUAACUUGCGAUAUCUCUCUUAACACUGUCUGCUUCUCCUUACCUCCAAGCUGCCAGGCCAGGCACCCUCAUCUCUUUACGAUCCCCUGCAGAAGCCUCACCCCAGCCCCCUGCUUCCACUCCUGCCCCUCAGUGUUCCCCCCCAACAACUGUCAGUGACACCCCUACCCACUUGGGGGAGAAGAAAAGGUGGUGUGUUCUUUGCCAGCGCCCACAGGGGAGUUCUGUAACCAGAGGGUUACAAAAACUCCACCCUCAGCUCCGUAUUCAAGAGAACUAGUACAGACUAGAGCCAUUCAGAGACGCCCCAGCUCCCUCCAGAGCAGUGACUUCCCGGCAGGCACCGGGCAGGUGACUGGCUGGGCUGUGGCGGGGCUGGUGAGGACACCUGGGAGGGCAGGUGGCUGCUCUGAGCCCACCCCCACCCCAACGCAGAAAGGAGAUGGAGGAGCAGCUGUGUCUGUAGGUCUGGCAGGUGGGGGUUCGGUGAGACCUCGGCAGGGCGGCCUGCCUCAUGUGGGGAUGGAGGCAGACUCAGCAGCUCCAGGCGAGUUCCCCUUUGCGUGUAUUCAUGGUUGGAUUUUUCCUUCCUCCUGUUUGCUCCUCCUGGCUCCAAAGAAUGACCAAGCCUGUGUUUGCUUUUUUAAUUUGUCAUAUUAAAUAUAGCCUUUGUGGCAGGCUUUUA